UCAGACCCUGAACUUUGUCUCAGCUUGAAAACUUUCAGUUGUUUCUGUCAGACGUCUUUCUGAACCAUGAGCAGCUUCAAAUACUCCCGUCUGGACUUCCUGUUCACCUGUGUGGGUCUACCUGUGUUCCUGCUGGACGUGGGCCUGGACAUCUGGGCUGCUGUCAGCUUCUACCGAGCCGGGGCCUACUGGAGCCUUGGGGUCCUGGUCCUGCUGCUGCUGGGCUCCUCGGUGCUGGUCCAGGUCUACAGCUGGUUCUGGUACAGCUAUGAGGACUUCAGGAGGGAGAGCCGGGUGGAGGCCCGCCUGAGCCAGAACCAGCUGAGACUGGUUCACCUGCUGCAGCUGGGGAUCUACCUGAGACACGCCGGCGUUCUGGAACUUUCUGUCCUCAGCUGUUACAUGAAGGACCAUAACGGCUUCGUGGUGUAUCUGAGCCACGAUCUGAGCAUGUUGAAGAUCAUUGAGACGUUCACGGAGAGCGCCCCCCAGCUGGUCCUGAUGCUGACCAUCAUCCUGCAGGAGGGUCGGCUGGACGCUUUCACCGUUCUGAAGGCGGUGGGUUCAGCGUCGGCCAUAGCGUUCUGUGUGACCACCUACCAUCGUUCUCUUCGUUCCUUCCUUCCUGACAAACAGAAGCAGCGCUUUGGUUCAUCUCUGGUCUACUUCCUGUGGAACCUCCUGCUGAUCGCGUCCCGCCUCACCGCCAUCGCCCUCUUCGCCUCCGUGCUGGCCUGCUUCGUCUUCACUCACUUCAUCUGCUCCUGGAUGGUCUUCUUCUUCUUCGCCUGGAGGUCCCAGACCAGCUUCAUGGACAGCGCCGGUGGGGAGUGGCUUUACCGGGCCACAGUGGGCAUCAUCUGGUACUUCGACUGGUUCAACGUGACUGAGGGUCGGACCAGGUACCGGACUCUGGUUUACCACAGCUUCAUGCUGCUGGACAUCUCCGUCCUCUGUGGCAUCUGGUGUUGGAAGAUGAUCACGGAUCCUCCUUAUGCCACGGUUCCUCCCCUGAACGCCGCCGUCACCGCUGCUGGCGUGGUUCUGGUCUACGUCCUCGGCCUCCUGCUGAAGAUGCUCUACUACAAAUGCUGCCAUCCCAACCUGAACAAAGAGGAGCUGAAGGGGGAUGACUUGGAGUACCAGAGGGCUCUAGAGGAGGAUGUGGUGGACACUCGGAUGUUCAGGAUGGCAGCAGUCCAGCAGGAACCAUCUCCACCACUUCCUCACUGCAAUAAGAGGAUGAGGAAGCUGGCAGAGAACUUCUACUCCUGAUCGGAUGACAGGAAGUCAUGGAGGAAGUCCUGCAGACACUGUUUUAAAAGAUCAUGAGUCUGAGGGAUCAUAUGAGGAUCUGAGGUCAGUCAAGAGAUCCACCUCUUGAAUCAUGAUCUUGGUGGAAGAUCUACCUCUUGAACAGAGGUAGUUAUCUUAAAUAACCUCAGAUCCUCUUACAAGGCCUCCAGGAAGCUCACUGAUGCCUGACAUCGGAGGAUCUGAGGUUAAGAGGAUCUGAGGUUAUUCAAGAGGUGGGUCUCGGAGAUCUACCUCUUGAAUACCUCAAUUAAGAGGUAGAUCUUCCACCACCAAUACUCAUAUGAGAUCUGCCUCUUGAAUAACCUCAGAUACUCUUACAAGGCCUUGGGUUAGCUCUAACCCUAACCCUAACCCUAAGCUCAGUGAUCCCUGAUGUCAGCCAUCUUUUAAGGACAAAUGUACAUUUUUAUGCAUCUGUGUAAAACUUUGAGACAAAAUUUUACUUAGAUGCAACAAAACGGUCCUGCGCUGGUUCAUGUCCUACCUCUCAGGGAGAUACUUUAGAGUAUCUUGGAGGAGAAAAGAUUCUUAAUUGUACAGACUAUCCACAGAGGUUCCUCAAGGGUCAGUGCUCGGUCCCUCCUCUUCUCAUUAAACACAAUAAUCCAUUCCCAUGGUUUUUCAUACUGUCACUAUGCUGAUGAUGCCCAACUCUUCCUGGAUGAUCAUACUGUCUCUGCCCAGACCUCAUCAUGCCUUGCAGAUAUCUCAGCAUGGAUGAAAAAACACCACCUUCAGCUCAACCUCUCCAAGACUGAGCUCCUUGUCAUCCCAGUCAGUCCAUCUAUACAACAAAAAAGCAACAUCCAGCUGGAAUCAACCCACCUCAAACUCACAAAGUCUGCCAUGAUCGAUGACCAGCUAACCUUCAAGGCUCAUGUGGGCUCUGCUGCUCGGUCGUGUCGAUUCAUCCUGUAGAACAUCAGGAAGAUCAGACCCUUCCCAUCUGAACAUGCAGCUCAACUCCUGGUCCAGGUCUAUAUAUACGAGAUCACCAUCCACUGCUGCAACUCCUUACUAAUAGGCCUCCCUUUAUGCAGGUCAAACCUCUGCAGAUGAUCCAGAAUGCAGCAGAACGUCUGGUUUUGAACCAUCCAGAAACAGUUAAUGUCAUCCCGCUGUUCAGAUCGCUGCAUAAAAUCCAAAACUCUGACACUUGGAUUGAAAAAGACUGAAAACAGCUCCCUCCUGAACCUUCUCAUCCAGGCCUACACAGCUAAAGUUCUUGAUCCACCCUCCACACCAGGGUCGGUCCAUAGCUGGACUCUUCUCCUCUGUGGUUCCUGGUGGUGGAACCAGUUACCAAACUCUGUUCAGUCUUUAAGACAAGACUAGAAACCAGCUCUUCACUGAACACCUUUAACUUGACAGACUUCCUGUCGACACCACGGUCCUGUUAUCACACUAGAACUUGUUUUAUGGCUCUUAUCCACGUUGUUUUCUCCUGAUUAGGUCCUUGCUGGUGUUAUAUCUACUCUCAGAUGGAUGUCGCUUUGGAUAAAAGCGUCUGAUAAAUGAAGUUGUAAAUUGUACUCAUGUGCAGUUCCACUGGGAGAAACGACCAAAUGUAACCUUACUAUCGUGAUAUUUAAUUUAAAUCACCCUUUUCUAUGAGUUUUGUUUAAAAAAAAUAAUAAUAAUAAAAUAAAAAUCAACUGUUUACACUAAACAGAUUCUGUCAAACACUAAAAAUUCUGCAUUUUGGAGCACAACCAUUAAACUAUUCAUGACUCAGCUGGAACCAACAGUCACAUGACAAAAAUUAUGGGAUUUUCAGCUGAACUGCAGGUCGUGUUUCCACAGAGCAGAGAGGAGACAGAUAAUAAAUUAAAACUGUGAAUAGUAAAUUUUCUAUAGCUUGUAGAGUCACACCUGUAAAAUUCUGUACAUGUUGAUUCCAGAUUUAUUUUUGUAAAAUAAAAAUGUAUUUUUUAUGUCUUCUGA